AUGACCCCAGAGCCCUGGAUGCCCACAUCGGAUCUCAGCUCGCGGACAGUCCCACGGGAGAUCUGCACCGUCGUCCACACUCACAGUGGCAAAGAAAAGCAGGACACGCUGAGGGGGUACCAUCAGGGAUUUGUGCAGCUGACGAUGGAGCAGGGGGACAGAUUACCACACAUCAGAGAGGAUACGUUCUGUCAGGGGGUGGUGAUGGCUGCUCUGAGGAAAAGUUCCGCAGGUUAUUAUGGGACUAGAGAGUUACAGAGUAAACCUGCUUCUCCUUGUGAGGCUGAGCUUCAGGAAUUAAUGGAACAAAUUGACAUCAUGGUAAACAACAAAAAAUUGGAUUGGGAAAGGAAGAUGCGGGCUCUGGAGACACGACUAGAUCUUCGGGAUCAAGAGUUGGCAAAUGCACAGACGUGUCUGGAACAGAAAGGUCAAGAGGUGGGGUUACUUCGACAGAAGUUGGACAGUUUGGAAAAAUGUAACUUAGCAAUGACUCAAAAUUACGAAGGACAACUACAAACCCUGAAAGCUCAAUUUUCCAAACUAACUAAUAGCUUUGAAAAACUGAGAUUACACCAGAUGAAACAAAAUAAAUUUCGACGAAAAGAAGUACCACACCUCAAAGAGGAAAUGCCCUUUGAACUGAACAAUAUGAACCAGAAAUUAGAGGAAUUUAGAGCAAAAUCAAGAGAAUGGGACAAACAAGAGAUACUGUAUCAGACUCAUCUGGUUUCUUUAGAUGCUCAACAAAAAAUAUUAUCUGAGAAGUGUAAUCAAUUUCAGAAACAGGCACAAAGUUACCAAACUCAGCUAAACGGUAAAAAACAGGACAUAGAAGACAGCAGCCCUGAAAUUCCUCGGUUGAUAUGUGAACCAGAUUCCACUUGUGAAACCAGUGAAAGAGAUGAAUUCGUUAUUGAAAAGUUAAAAUCAGCUGUGAGUGAAAUAGCAUUAAGCAGGAAUAAGUUACAAGAUGAAAAUCAGAAGCUCUUACAAGAACUGAAAAUGUACCAAAGACAGUGCCAGGCCAUGGAAGCAGGACUCUCAGAAGUGAAAAGUGAGUUACAGUCACGUGAUGAUCUCUUGAGAAUUAUAGAAAUGGAACGAUUGCAGUUGCACAGAGAACUGUUAAAACUAGGAGAGUCCCAAAGUACUCAAGAAAAUAAGAAAAGACUUGAAUCAUCUUAUUCACCAUCUAUUAAAGAAUCAGAAAAAAAAAGGAAAGAGCUAUUUUCAGUGUCCCCAGAUCCACCAGAUCAUGGAAAAGAGUUGAACAAGAUAAGAAGUCAUCUCUAUCAGGAGGAAGAGUACCACAGCUCUGAGCAGGAAAGAAUGAGGAAUGAAAUCUCUGACCUAACACAGGAGCUUCAUCAGAAGGAGAUCACUAUAGCAACUGUCAUGAAGAAAGCUGCCCUUCUGGAAAGACAGUUAAAAAUGGAGUUAGAGAUAAAAGAGAAAAUGCUAUCGAAACAACAGAUGUCGGAUACGAGGUACAGAGCUGUCAGGACUGAAAACGCACACCUGAAAGGCAUGAUGGGAGACUUGGACCCCGGACGGUACAUGACAAGUGGAAUUAUUGAUAUGAAGAGUGUAGACUUCACUAACAGGGAACAUUCAAGGCAUACAUCUAUUAACAAACUGGAAUAUGAGAAUGAAAGGCUCCGAAAUGAUCUCGCAAAACUUCAUGCCAGUGGAAAAUCAACAUGGGCUAAUCAAAAUACCUAUGAAGAAGCAGGAAGAUUUAGCCACGAUCGUGAGCCAAGCAGAAGUGCCACACCUCCACUGCCGGCUUUGCCGUUUCAGACCAAAGAAGUAACCAGCCCUUUGGUCAGUGAUGAUGAGGUAUUCCCCAUGUCUCCCCCAGAUAUAUCCUUCCCGGCUUCUUUGGCCGCACAGCAUUUCCUUCUGGAGGAGGAGAAGCGAGCAAAAGAACUUGAAAAACUUCUAAAUACACAUAUUGAUGAACUGCAAAGACACACAGAAUUUACUCUUAAUAAAUACACCAAGCUAAAACAAAAUAGACACAUAUGAGCUUUUAAAUGUUUUUAUUUGCUUCCCCCACCCCAGGAAACAAAGCUCUGGCAAAAUAUUUACAAAGCUGAUUAAUGAAACUGAGAAAUUUUGUUCUGUUUUCUUGAGUAAAUCAUUUCUGUAAGGCAGCUAGAAAAUAGUA